AUGAAAAAUAAAAUUAUUUAUGUUAAAAAAGGAUAAGAAUAGUAAUUCAUGAGCAUUAAAGAUUAUAUGAUUGAGCAACAAUCUAAUAAGGAUGUUAAAAUUAUUGAAACUGAAAUUCCCUUCUAAAAAGACUACUUUUUAAGUGACUUGUCUCUUAGUUUUAGGGGUGAAGAUGAAGAUAAAGCCUAUACUUUUAAUGAAAGGUUGCGUACUAAUAUAAGAAGAGGUAAUUCAGUUAUCUUUAAAGUCGAUGAAUAAAACAAUCCUGUUGAUUACUAUUGGGGUAGAAGAGGUAUAAUGAAAUUCUUUGAUUUGUAGAGAGAGUAUAUUGAUUAUAAUUUGCAUGAAAUCUAAGAGCUUACCUAAUUCGGUAACAAAAAUGCUUCCUUGCAUAAGGAACUUUAUAGCAUCAUCUUUAAAGAAGCCUAGGAAAGUUUCACAGCUGGAGAUUCAGUCUCAAUUUAUAAAUUAGUCAAGGCUAAUGGUGAAAACGCUUAGGUUUCUUACUUUAAGCCUUUAAAUAGCUGGGUUAUUUCUUCUAAAAAUGUAGCUUUGUUAGCUAGAUAACGUUCAGAUAUAGAUUUGUAUACAGCAGAUAGAUUUGGAUUUGCAAGACUAAUAGCAUAGGUUUGGUUCAAUAUAUUAGAGAAGAUUUAAAAGGAAUAGGGUAAUGAUAAAGUAGAGGCUCUCAAGCAAGAUCUUUAAGAAUAAACAAUGGUAGGAGAAUAUUGUGGUAAUUAAGAUUAUCAGCAUUUGGUAAAAUACGAGAAUAUUGAUAUUCUCUUUUAUGCAAUUGUUAACCAUAAAAGUAACGAUCCAUGUAUUCCUCCUUUGUAAGCUUAUGAAGUAUUUAACAAGUACAAUCUAACAACUGUUAAACUUAUAGAUGAAGGCUCUUAUAAUACAUCUGAGUCAUUUAAUAAUAAGUUGAAAUAGGUUUAUGACUUUGUUGCUAGCAGUGAUAUAGAAGGUGAAUAAGAAGGAUCUGUUUUGUACUUUGUUAAAAAAAGUAAAUAAAUUCCUUAGUAAGAAAGGACUUUAAGUGUUUCUAAACUUAAGACUUUAGAAUACCGUAUUUUCCGUAAGUUGCGUGAAAAACUUAAAAACUAUAUAAAUAGAAAGGAUUAACGUCUUAGAAGCAAAUUUGAAGAAGAAACUAAGCAGCUUUGUGUUAACAAUCCUCCUGCACAUCCUUUAAAUUUUUACUUCUAAAUUGGUAAACUCUCAUUUGAUUUUGUUGAUCAAUAUCUUGGCUAAGCUGGUAUUGUUGCUGAUCAGUACAUAUCAUUCCUCUCAGUUAUAAUUUACUGCCUUGAAAAUAAUCAAAAGCCUAAUCCUACUCACUUUUAAAAGGAAAAUAUGAAGAAACUACUUGAAGUUCCUUGGUCAAACUAUAGUAGCUUUUAAGCCAAAAACAAUGAAGAAAAGAUAGAAAUUGAAUCAAUAAAUGAUUAAAAGCUCAAGCAAGUUUUAAACACCAACUAAAGAAAUCUUUUCGUUAUCAUACCUAUCAGUAUCCCUGGCAUGGGUAAAAGCACAUUCGUCAAAUAUUUCUCUGAAAUUGUUAAAUAAAAUAAUGAUGAAAUAUUUGUUAUAUCCUCAGAUAAUAUCAGAAGAGAUUUGAUGGACAACUUAAAAAAAAAUAAACCUUUCUUGAAGGAGGAUUAGCUAUUUAGCUAAACUGGUAAACAAGCUGGCAAGGAAUUUUCUAGAAGUCUUUCAGAUUGCGUCUCCAAAAAACCACUUUAAACAAAAGCAUAAAACGUUUUUGUUUUCCUUGAUAAAAAUUAUCCCCCAAAUGCUAUAGAUAAGGCUGUGUAAGAAAUUUUGGAAAAUAAGCCAGCUAAUAUGAACUUAUAAAUUUGUUCUAUGAUGACUAGUGAAACUGAACCUAAUAAAUAUAAAAUAGGUUCUAACAUAGGAUUUCCUUUCUCACUUAAUUUCUUCUUUAACUGUGCCAAUAGAGUUUAAACUCGUGCAGAGCAUCCUACUUUAACAAACAAAUCAGGCAAGAGUAUGGAUGUGAUGGUCAUGUUCUUUAACUUAUUCAGAAACACUAGUCUGAGUGAACACAGCUUGUAAGCAAGUGGUAUUGAUAUAAUUUUGAAAUUCCCUUUCAUCAAAGAUGAUAGCUCAAGAUAAUAUCCACAAGACAUAGUUGAUAGGUUUGAAGAUAUAAUUUUACAAACUAUUCCAGGAAAUACUUGUAGUAAUCAAGGUUUGGUUUAAUCAUUUGCAGAUAGAGUUAAGAAUUUAAAUCUGUAGUUUGAAAAUACUCCAAUUGAAGAGAUUAAAUUAAGAGCAUAAGAAACUUAUAAGGAAUGCAUAAACCAAGUUAAUUAAAAGGGAGGUUAACUAGAGUAGGUCUAGGAAAUUAAAUAAAAUAAUGAAAAUCAUAAGUAGCAAGUACCAAUUGAUCAAAUUGAAGAAGCUAAAUAAUCUGAUGUUAUCCUAGAAAAUCACUAGUAUAAGUAAACCAAUACUUUAACAGCUAGAAUUAACAACAAAAGAAAAGCUGCAGUAAAAUUCAACCCUCCAAGAAAACCUAUUUAUUUAGGUAUUUUUGCUGAUGACGAAAGUUUAGUUUAAAAAACUUAGAAGUAGUAUGUGAAGUAGAAUCUUCUAUCUCUCUUUAAUAAAUAUAAAGACGAUAUAAUCAAGAAUAACCACGAUGAAUUGCUUAAUAAGGUUUUCAAAUAUCCACAAUCUCACCACAUUACCACAUAUUUUGUUAAGCAAGCCGAAGGUAUCUACUAUGAAAAUUUCGAAGAAGGAUUAAAUAUCCCUAUAGAAGUGUUAGCAAUGGCUUAUGUUCCUAAUAAAAUUAUAUGUGGUGUUUGUCUUCCUGAUCCUAACAUGAUAGACAUUGAAAAUAAAAUCCCUCACAUGACAUUAUUCAUUGAUGAAUGGCCUGCUAAAUUUUCAAAUAACGUAUUGCAAGCUCUCUUUACUGAUAAGGAUGCUCCUUUAGCUAAGGAGUUAUAAAAUGGAAGCUUACUAGAUCUUAAUAAAGAAAUAAUAGGAAAAUAUAGAUUACCAGUUUAAGAGCAAAAUGGACUCCAUGAUAUAUAUUUUAUUAAGCCUUCAAAUCACAUCAUGAAGUUUGAUGCUACAACAAAAGCAUGGUUUGGAAACGGACCUUAACAAAAUAACAAAAAAUAAUAUUAUAAAAAGAAAUGA